GUUUUUUGUGUGCGGAAUUUUAUUAGGUUUUGAAUUUUAAUUUUUUCGGAUCAGGUUUAUAAGUUUCAUGAUAAAAAUCUUGAAGCUAUAAAUCAGACAUUAGAUUUUAAUUUAUAAAAUUUGAAUUAUAAUUAGAUUAAUCGAGCAUUUUUUUUUGGAAACUUUCUUGAGACUUUGUCCUUUUUCAGUGGAAAAGUUUCAACAAGUCGUUUUCUGUUCGUCUGUCCAUGCCACGUGUGUGUUUUUGGUUCCGGUUCUACACAUUGUAGCUGUUGAGUUGAGCACAUGGCACCAUAUCGUAACAGUGCUCAAAACUCUCUAUCAUCGAAUGUUAAUGAUUCGAUUGAACCGACUGAUCGUGACAUUUGGUCAUCAAUAUUGAAACAAGUUCAACAGACUGCAACGAAUAAAUUACCUUCGAAUAAAUCUAUUCUUGUACUCGGUGACAAUGAUUCUGGUAAAUCAUCACUCAUUGCUAAGAUGCAAGGCAUCGAUACAACGUGCAAAGGAUCCGGACUUGAAUAUCAUUAUCUAAUGGUUCGUGAUGAAUAUCGAGAUGAACAGACACAAUGUGGUGUAUGGAUAUUGGAUGGCAAUUAUAAUUGGAAAUCUCAAUUGUUAAGAUUCGCAUUGAAUAAAGAUAAUUUUGAAGAUACAACCAUACUUGUUGUAUGUUCAAUGACUAAACCAUGGGAGAUGAUGAAUUCACUUCAGUAUUGGAUGAAUUGUCUACAAAAACAUGUACAAAAUUUAAAUUUGGAUUCGAAAAAAUUUAAAGAAUAUCAAGAUAAAAAUACACGACGAUUCCAGGAUUACAUUUCACCUGGUGAUGAAAUAGAAGGAUUAACUUCGAUGCGUCGUUCGCAAAAUGGUGAUCACUCAACAACAUCCACAACCGGUAAUAAUGGCAUUCCAAUUGAUCAUAUCGAACCUGAACGAGAUCCAUUACCUUCUGAUGUACUAUCACAUAAUCUUGGCCUGGACAUAGUCGUAGCCAUUACAAAAACAGAUUAUAUGUCUACAUUGGAAAAAGAUUAUGAUUUUCGUGAGGAACAUUUCGAUUUCAUACAACAAUAUGCUAGAAAAUUUUGUCUUCAAUAUGGCGCAACUUUGAUGUAUGUUUCUGCUAAGAUAAACAAAAAUUGUGAUCUAUUAUAUAAAUUUCUUAUACAUCGGAUUUAUGGAUUAAAAUUCAAAACUCCAGCAUUGGUGGUCGAAAAGGAUGCUAUUUUUAUACCAUCUGGUUGGGAUAAUGAGAAAAAAAUUUCCAUUCUUUAUGACAAUAUACAAUCAUUUUCACCUGAUGAUAAUUAUAAUGAUGUGAUAAUGCCACCACAUAAUGUUAAUCCUACUAUGAAAGAGCCGGAAAUUGUUUCCGAAGAUGAUCAGAUUUUUUUGAUGAAAUUACGAACACAACUGAAUCAACAGGUUCCAUCCAAUAUUACUAACACGUCACUAAUGCAGCCACUUCGAGGUACCCCCACUGGUGGUAGUCAAUCAUCAUCGUCCAAUACAGCGACACCGGUUGGUGGUAAUACUGGUACCCACAGUGGUGGAUCGGCCAAUAAAUCAGAUCGUCGACAAUCACAUCAAACACCAUCAAGUCAUAGCGCUAGUCCAGCUGCUGCGGCUGCUUUUCUUGAUGCAUCCGGUAAAGCAUCACCCGGUGGUGAGCGUGUUUUGCAAACGUUUUUCAACUCACUAUUGAGCCGAAAAUCGGUUGGAGGAUCAGGAGGAAACAGUAGUACACCUAGUGGUGGUAAUUCAUCUGGAUCUGUUCGUAAUAGCCAAUCUGGUGUCACAACACCCAAUUCAGCAUCAUCAACGGCUGUCGAAUCAUUACGUACCCGUGAUGUACAAGCUGAAUUAGAUCGCAUAAUUGAAGGUACAAAAUCAUCAACAAACGAUGAAUGAUUUGAUCACGUGUAGUAAAGAAUCAUGAAAGAUGGCAAUUAUUUAUGAUGUUUUAUUUAUUUUUAUUCUUUUCACAAAAAUUACAAUAAUAAUAACUAAUAUUUAUGUG